GGCUGCCAUGGCGGGCGGCGCCGGGGCACUUCCCGGUCAGCCCGAGGCUGAGGGCGGAGAGGCGCCGGGGGCUGCCCAGAGAUAUGUGAGACAGCUCUACAUGAAUCACCAGCAUGGCAAGAGGAUUUGCUACUGGCCUGAUGGUUCCAGGUUCACAGGAGCUCUUUAUCUUGGCCAUGUAGAAGGCUAUGGAACCCUGGAAUGGAAGGAUGGGAGAAAAUUUCAGGGGCUGUACAAAGCUGACGAGCGAUUCGGACCAGGGAUUGAGAGCUAUGCAGAUGGCUGUCAGGAUGUUGGUUUGUGGCUCAGGGAUCAUCUCAUUAAGCUGUGUACUGAAGUACCUGGUUAUUUUUCUCUCUUGGACCACCCAGCACACUACAGAUACAUUGAUGGCAAUAGCCAAAAGAAGUGCAUUUCAGUGGAGGAAGACCCGUUUCUCCACAGCUAUAAACAUCUCCCUUUUGAUGAUGAGGAGAUCUUCCCUGAAGGAGUCUUUGCAUAUUCUCAGAACACAGAUCAUCUCACUUUGACUCGCUCUUUCCUGGAAGAGUGUGAUGCUUGGUAUUUUCAGCACACCCCAAAGCUGCCUGAGGAGGACCCUUGGCCUGUUGCAAACAUGACCCCGCUCCUGGUUAGAAUGCAGACACACAUCUAUAAACACAGGCGCUCUCAAGUGGAAUUUGCUUCAGAUAUCGACCUCAUUCUCACUGGAGCUCGAAGUACUUAUGGGCCUCCAGGCCCCAGGGAACUUGCCUCAGAGCAGCUGAUUCAGAAGGCAGCAAGAGGAGACUAUGAGGGGGUGUGUGCAAUCCUGAGACGUGGGCUUGCCCAUCCUGACAUCGCUGACAAGCACGGAUACACAGCCCUUGCUGCUGCUGCUGUCCAUUCCCACAAUGACGUUGUCAAUCUUCUUCUGGAUAGCGGAGCUGACGUGAAUAAGUGCAGUGAUGAGGGAGUCUCUGCCCUUUCCAUGUGCUUUAUUCUCUUUUAUCCAGAAGAAUCUUUUAAGGGAAACAUUGCUGAGAGGAGCUUGCUCACUUACAAGUGGGAUGAACAAUCAGGAUCCUCAGGAGCAGUCAGUGUGGCUGAAGGCAUUACCUCAGAGCGACAGAAGAGGUGGGAAACAAUCCAACUGCUGCUUCGCCGAGGUGCAGACCCCAACGCAUCCUGGCUCCCACCACACCUUCUCUUCUUUGCUGUGAAAGCUGCAGAUGCAGCAGCAGUCAAACUCCUCUUAGAAAAGGGAGCCAGGGCUGAUGUACAGCUUCCAGCCAAGUUAGGGGGGUUAACUCCUCUCCACAUAGCUGCCUCCAUUCCUGGGGAGGAAGGGGUUCAGAUAACACAAUACCUCCUGCAUUCUGCCCCAGAUCUUAAUGCAAGGGCAGAAGAUGGAAAUGAAAUCUAUGCUCCAGACAAGCCUCAAGCCAGAGAAGCCAACUUGACAGCUGGUGUCACUUUGCAACUGAGAAAUGAAGCAGGACCACCACAAGAGUACUUUUCCCCCUACAGUGGGCCUGUCCCUGAGGAAGGUGGAAGGAGUGCAUUGCACAUUGCAUGUGAAAGAGAGGAUAACAGGGUGCAUGCCAGGGAUGUCAUCCACCUCCUUUUAAUGCAUCAGGCAAAUCCAAACACGUUGUGGAGUGGCCAUUCACCACUUUCUUUAGCCAUUGCCAGUGGCAAUGACUUGGCAGUGGCUGAGCUCCUCAAACACGGUGCUGACCCCAACCUGCCCUUGAGUGGAGCAGUGAGAAGUGCCCUCUGUGCUGCUGUCAGCACAGCAUAUGAGCAGCACAGAACCACAGCACAGAGGAUUGCUUUGGUUGAUAAGCUGCUUCAAGCUGGUGCAGAUAUCCUUGCACCAGUGCCUCUGAGGGAAGGACAGAGGAAAGCUGUGGGGACAGCUGUGGACUAUGCCUAUUACAAAUAUUAUCAGGACAGGAGGAUUGCUCACACACCCUACCACUUGCUGUCGGCACCUGAGCAGGAGCUGCUGGGAACGCGCCGCUCGCUGCUGGAGCACGUCACAGCCAGGCUCCGCCAGCGUGUCAGCCUGAAGGAGAAGGAGUGGGACCAGGAAGAGCUGAGGAGAUCCAAGAAAUUGGAUUCAGCUGCUCGUUCCUGUGUUCCAAAGAAGAAAGGAGGGAGUCACCGUGUGGAAGAAGUGAGGCUGCCAUUCUUUAAGUACUGCUACCAGUGUGGCCGCUCAGUUGGUGUUCAGCUCUCACCUUGUGCCCUUUGCCACGAAGUCUUCACUUGCAGUGAGACCUGCAGAAGGAAAUCCUGGCGUGAGAGGCACAGGCAGGAGUGCUUGGGACUGCUGGGAGAGAGACCAGGAGAAGCAGCUCUGGCUGCAAACAGUGCGGGAUGCAAAAAGAGUGUCCUGGCAAAAAGGGGGCAAAUGGAAGAGGAGGAAAAGAGAGGUGGAAGGAAGAGGAAAGUUGGGACUGGGGGGAGAGAGCAGCACAGGAAGAUUGACCAACCUGCUUCAAGUCACACCUACUAUUGUGUAGACAAGUUUUAA